UUCCUCAAAUGAGUGCCUCAAACAUCGCUCCUGCAGUAGAACUCGCCAUCGAAGAGAUCAAUCGUCGUGUCGAUGAUCACGAAUACAAUAACUUUUCAAUAACUGUUCAUCCUUACGUCAGUCGUUGCUUUGUGAGUUUGACAGCCAGCGCCAUUGCCGCGGAACAGUACUACAACGGCGAUGGUCGAGUGGCAGCGUUUCUUGGACCCUCUUGUAGCGGUCUAAUGAGAGGUGUUGCUGAAUUGAGUGCAAUAUGGGGCGUCCCAGUACUCUCUGGACUAACUACAUCCUUAGAAACAUCGGAGAAGCGAUUUUACAAAACAUUGACGAGAUCCACUCUUAUAUUAGCUGCAGGAUACGGCUAUGCUGUUGAGACUUUGGUCAAUCAAUUCAAUUGGGGAACAGCGGCAUGGUUAUGGAUAGGAAGAGGAUAUCAGGUGGUUCACGUUUCAGCUGGUAAACGUCGUUUCGAUGAAAUAGGCGUAACAUAUAAAGAAAUCCUUACAUUGGACUAUGCAAGCACAGAACUAGCAUUGGAAGAUACUAUUUCAUCCGCGAGAGUCAUCUUCAUGGCCGUGGAUGGAGAUACUUUACGAGAGAUCAUGCUCCAUGCCUACGAUUUAGAUCUUAUCAACGGAGACUACGCUUUCAUUAACAUCAUCCCUUUUCGAGAUGAACAGUUGUUCGGGAACGACUCAUGGAAGCGUGGUGAUGAUCGCGAUGCAGAGGCCAAGGUCGCUUAUCAAGCUUUGAUGACGAUUCGUGUUUUUGAGCCUACGUCAGAAGCUUACCGAGAGUUCGAACAAAAUGUCAUUGAAAGGCAAAAAAGAGACUUUAAUAUUACUGAUUCCGACUAUGGCUCGAAUAUCUUCUUGGCUUCUGCAUUCUAUGACGUAAUGAUAUUAUAUUCAUUGGCAAUUAAUGAAACAAUCGCUGAGGGAGGAGAUGUAUAUGACGGUCAUGCUGUUACCAAGAAAAUGUGGAACAGGACAUUCGACGGGUUAUACGGAAAAGUGAAAAUCAAUGAGAACGGUGAUCGUGAUUCAGAGUACUCCCUUUGGGACAUGACAGAUACGGAGAACGGUACAUUCGAGGUGGUUGGUAACUUUUAUUUAACAUCAUCUGGAUUGAAAUACACACCAGUCCCUGGUAAAUCAAUUAAAUGGCCAGGAGGUGCAACUGGACCUCCGAGAGAUACACCGCUCUGUGGAUUCUACAAUGAAAAUCCUGAAUGUCAACCUGACGGGAGGCUUUCAACUCUUGCCAUUUCUGGGAUAGCUGCAGCCUCAGUGAUACUCUUAUCGGUUCUUAUCCUAGUCCUUGUAUACAGGAAAAUGCGUCUAGAUGCUGAACUUCUUCGUAUGUCUUGGAAGCUGUCUUGGGAUGAACUUGUAUUUCCGGAAGAAACCAAGUCGGGACAGUCAAAGUUUUCUGGCUCUUUCGUAACCUCCAUUGGACAUGGAACAUCACAUCAGAGACAGAUGUUCGCAACUGUAGCCAACUUUAAGGGUCGACUGGUGAUGAUCAGGAGGAUUGAGAAAACAAAACUAGAUUUAACUCGGGAUGUACUAAAAGAACUUAAUUAUAUGCGUCAAGUGGAGCACAAUAACCUCGUUCGUUUUGUGGGCGCAUGCGUUGAUGCCCCAAACAUUUCAAUAAUUUCAGAGUACUGCCCCAAAGGAAGUCUUCAGGACAUCGUGGAAAAUGAGGCUUUACAACUCGACAAUAUGUUUAAGAAUUCUCUCAUUACUGAUGUUAUGCGUGGACUGCACUACCUACACAACAGUGUUAUCGUUCUUCAUGGUAGACUAUCAUCAUCAAACUGCGUGGUCGACAGCCGGUUCGUUCUCAAGCUCACUGACUACGGACUCGCCACAUUUAGAGACAUCGAUAACAGCGAAGAUCAUUCGGCAAAGAACCCACAGAAAAUGCUAUGGAAAUCUCCCGAAAUACUGAGAUCACCCGAUCAACAGCCAACUCAGAAGGGCGACAUCUAUAGUGUCGGUAUUAUCAUGCAAGAAAUCGUCUCAAGAGCGCGCCCAUUCGAGGAAGAAAGAAACACAAUGGAAAUAGAUGAAAUCAUUAAGAAGCUGAAAGAGACGAAUGUGCCCCCUUUCCGUCCUAAGAUUGACCCUCAAAUGUGUACUGAUGAAAUUCGGUCUAUCAUACAAGCAUGUUGGCAGGAAAUACCAGAGAAUAGACCAGCAACUACGGAUUUACUGUCAAGCAUGAAGAAAAUCAACAAGCAUCUUGCUGGUGGAAACAUCCUUGACAACUUGUUGAGUCGCAUGGAACAGUAUGCCACUAACCUCGAAUCAUUGGUGGAAGAAAGAACAGCCGCGUUCUUAGAGGAAAAGAAGAGAUCAGAGACCCUCCUCUAUGAAGUCCUACCAAGAUCUGUAGCCGAGCAACUCAAACAAGGGUCAUCAGUGAAUCCAGAGUCUUAUGAAAGUGUGACAAUCUACUUCAGUGAUAUCGUAGGGUUCACAUCUAUCUCAGCUGAUAGCACACCACUACAGGUCGUCACUUUGCUCAAUGACCUCUACACAUGUUUUGAUAGUAUCAUUGGAAAUUUCGACGUUUAUAAGGUUGAGACAAUCGGUGAUGCGUACAUGGUGGUGUCUGGUCUACCUAUCAGGAAUGGGAUUCAACACGUCAAGGAGAUUGCUUCUAUGGCACUGUCUCUUGUCAGGGAAGCAUAUAAAUUCAGAAUCAGACAUAAGCCGGAAGAGAAACUCCUUCUCAGGGUCGGAGUUCACUCAGGUGCUUGCGUGGCAGGUGUGGUAGGUCUACGUAUGCCUAGGUAUUGUCUUUUUGGAGAUACGGUGAAUACAGCCUCACGUAUGGAGUCUACAGGCCAAGCAAUGAAAGUUCACAUUAGUGAGUCGACAAAGACUUUGCUUGAUACGUUCAAGAACUUUGAGACAGAACCCCGUGGUGAGGUAGUCCUGAAGGGUAAAGGCUCUCAACGAACAUAUUGGUUGACUGCCCAAGCAUCUACAAGCUUUAUAACCCACUCUGUUCCUGAUAUUGAAGUCUAA